AUGAAGCUGUCUGCACCUCUUCUCGUCAGUUUAGCAGCUUUCUCACAAGCUGUCACGGCGCUGGUCGCAUUUCCUGGCGCUGAAGGUUUUGGCGCCGAUGCGAUCGGCGGCCGCAAAGGCCAAGUCUAUGUCGUUACCAACCUGAAUGAUUCCGGAACAGGUUCGCUACGAGAUGCUGUUUCUGCGACUGAUCGCAUCGUUGUCUUUGCAGUCGGAGGCGUGAUUAAGAUCUCCGAGCGAAUCGUGGUUUCGAAGCGUGUGACCAUACUGGGGCAGACCGCGCCUGGAGACGGCAUCACAGUCUAUGGAAAUGGCUGGUCUUUUUCUAAUGCGGAUGAUGCCAUUGUGCGAUAUAUUCGGAUUCGCAUGGGUAAGGGCGGCUCCUCAGGCAAGGACGCCAUGGGCAUCGCCGAAGGAAAUAGGAUGAUCUUCGACCACGUUUCAGUGUCGUGGGGACGCGACGAGACAUUCUCCAUCAAUGGAGAUGCUAGCAACAUCACGGUGCAAAACAGCAUCAUUGCACAAGGUCUGGAGACCCAUUCCUGCGGAGGAUUGAUUCAGACCGACGGUGGUGUGUCGUUGUUCCGCAACCUGUACAUCGAUAACAAGACGCGCAAUCCCAAGGUCAAGGGCGUGAACGAGUUUACGAACAAUGUCGUGUACAACUGGGGCGGUGGCGGUGGAUACAUCGCUGGAGAUUCUGAUGGUCAAUCUUACGCCAAUAUCAUUGGCAAUUACUUUAUCAGUGGCCCUUCGACAUCGGUGACGGCGUUUACUCGUGGCAAUGCAAACUUCCACGGAUACGUCGACAACAACUACUAUGACCCUGAUAAGGAUGGGCAACUGGACGGCUCUGAACUCGGCGUGUCGUCGUCGAACUACGGCGGCAUGGCAAUUGUGUCGUCUAAAUACAACUAUCCAGCGGUGGCCUACACCAUGAGCCCAGCUGAGGCCGUGACCUACGUGACCAAAUAUGCCGGAGCAUCCAAGGUUAGGGAUAGUGUCGACACGCAGCUGAUCGCGCAAGUACAGUCCUGGGGCACAAAGGGUGCUCUGAUCUCCGAUGAAGCGACUAUGGGAGGGCCAGGUACUCUGAAUGGAGGCACUCCUGCGAAGGAUACUGAUGGGGAUGGAAUCCCUGAUGAAGCGGAGAAGCAGCUGGGAACAGAUCCCAACACCAACGAUUCUAUGAAACUGCAUAGUAGUGGCUAUACCUAUCUGGAGGUGUGGGCCAACUCGUUGGUUCCGUCCACCUACCAUUGA